UUCACCCUGCGAAAAUGCCAUUCGCCUGCGCAUUUCAGUAGGCUGUUGGAAACAAUUGAGGAACGUUCACUUAUUACGAUCGACGAAGCUCUCGGCGAUACAUAUCAGAAUCAGAUACGUGGUGGAUCUUGGUGCAGCAACAUUCAUUGAGGGUCUGCCGAUAUCACGACUGACCAUUCACGGUUCAUCGAGAUUUUAUAAAAAAAUAAAAUAAAUUGAACUCGGCCUUCGGAUAUUUUUAUCGAACAAAGUGCAAUGAACAUUUUUGAAUUGUUACCCGAAGGGCUAAAGAUAGAAACUCCAUUUACUUGGGGAUUAGAUAAAAGCCAGGUUGAUAUUUUCAAUGAAGAAGACACAGUCUUAGCCGAUUAUGAAGAAUCACCUAUCACACGCUUUGUUGAAAUGAAUACAUUUGCAUAUAUUCGAUGUGCGCAAGGAAACACUGAUGGCGCUGAAAAAUUGAUAGAAGAAAUCAAUGAUCUUUGGAAAAAUAUUUAUGAAAGUGCAUCAGAAAAGAAAUAUUAUUCGGUUGACGUGCUAAAGCACAUAAAAGAUGCAACAGCAUAUUGCAUAUAUUUAUCGGCUGGGAAAAAAGACCAAGCAAAAAAUAUGGAAAUGAAAGGUGCAGAUAAUUUUACAUCGGAUGUUGAAAAAGCCACAAUAUUUGGAUGUCAGGCAUUAGCUUCAGCCCUAUUUAAUGAAAGUGGUUUGGAUUUAGCCUUGAAAUCAGCCAAACUAGCUGUUACAUAUGCCCCCAAGUGUGCUGUAUGGCAUUACGUAAUUGCUAAGUGUCUGCGAAAAAAAAGAUGUCAAAAUAAUGGUUUGGAUGUUUCUAUAGAAGAAAGGAAUGAAUUUUUGUUAUGCUACAAAUUAUCACCAUCUGAUCAUUAUGGCAUCUCACUUGCAAGAAUGUACAAAGAAAGUAGAGAUUGGAAAAAAAGCUUAGAAAUACACAAUGAAAUUUACAGCAGAAAUCCCUCUAACAUAAAAGUGAGAUUAGUUCUUGCUUUAUGUUUCAUGAAUACCAAGGAUUUCGUCAAAGCCAAAAAUUGUUUGGAUUACAUUAAAAAUUUAUUACCGCCAGAAAAAAGGUCCAAGACUUACUAUCAUUAUCUGGGAAAAUAUUAUGAUAAAACUGGAAAUUAUUCAGAAGCUAAAGAAAACUAUAUAAAAGCACUCGGUGAUCACACAGGUAAUUUUUCUGCUGAUAUGGAUCAUUUAAAAUUGAUUAAAAAUACUUCAAACUCGAAGAAUAACUCUGAGGUCAUUGAACAUCUUGAAAAUAUGUUGAAAAGAUAUGAUGAUCACAAAGAUCGCUCUUUAAGUAUACUUCUUAAUUUAGCCUUUAUUUAUUUAUUCAAAAACAAAGAUUUGAAGCUAGCAGCUGAUAACUUUUUAAAGGCUCUAAAGAUAAAUCCUCGUAAUCCGCAAUUAAAGAAAUUCCAUACAGCUUUCGACCCUAAAAUAAAUUACAAUGUUUUUCAAGUCAUCCGUCAAAAUAUUCUGAUUGAAAAUGAAAACGAUUAUGGAGAUACUUUGAAAGAAUUGAAAAGACAUUGUACUGAAUACGAAAAUCCGAAGAAAUUGAUAAAUUCUCUAGAUUCACUGGACACGGAAUUCGUUAAAGCAUUCGCCAAAACAAUGUCUCUUAAAGAAUGACCUAGAAAAGAGAAUUGCUAAGCUAAAAACAUAAUAGCUUUGAAUUUGAAGCAGAAAGGAUUAUUAUAUUUUUCAUUACA